AUGGCAAGCCAAUCACUCGCCGCCGAGGCGUUUGUGCUGCUCAGGCAAUGGUGGCCUAUUCUAAUUUCCUCGAUUUUCCUCUUCUGGAUUGUUCGAAAUUACUCGUCCAACAGUCUAUGGCAUGUGCCCGGCCCUUUAAUGCGUUCAUUUUCAGUAAUUCCGCGGAUUGUUUCAGUUACUCGCGGAUUCAGUCAUGAGGACGACAUUGUGCUCCAUAGAAGAUAUGGCAAGAUUGUUCGGACUGCCCCGCAGCAGAUCUCGAUUUCAGAUCCGAGUGCGAUCAAUGUUAUCUACGGAAUCGGAACCAAAUUUGUCAAAUCUUCCUUCUAUUCGUUGUCGGAGGCAUACGAUGAGGAAGGAGUCAUUCCUGAUCCAUUCAUUCUUGUCGACAUGAAAAUGCACACGUAUAUGAAGCGUAAUGCAGCAAAUGCUUACGCUCUGCACGGCCUUGUCAACAUGGAGCCAUGGCUCGAACCAGUAAACGAUCGACUCGUCACAAUUCUUCAAGGAUAUGCAGACCGAGGCGAGUCGGUCGACAUGGCCAGGCUGCUGAAAAACUACACGAUGGACGCGGUUUUCGCCUUGACAUUCGGCAAGGAUUUUGAUUAUCUUGGUCAAGGUGAUACUCUGGGCAUACAUCGCAUCUUGGAGAUAUUUACCGAUUAUAUGGCGAUUUUUGGUCAAAUUGCGUGGAGCCAUUCUUUCUUAUUGAAAGUGCCGUGGGUUUUGAAUCUCGUUAUAGGUUCUGAAAAUGGAGCUGCUGAUGUGACACGACUGGCGAAAGAAGAAAUCGCACUUGCCCGCGAUAAACCUGCCAAAGAUGGCCCCAUGACUUUCCUUCAGCGCCUGCUCGCGAAUCAACGGAAAGAUCCUAGUAUAAUCAACGACCGUGAUGUGAUGACACACGCCGUGGGGAAUAUCACGGCUGGUAGUGAUACAACUGCCAUUGCCAUGCAGUCCGUUAUCCUGCUUCUCCUGAAAAACCAAGAUGUGUACGACAAGCUGUGCAAAGAAAUCCGGGACCAACUCACACUACCAAUUCAGUUCACUACGGCAAAUGCGCUGCCAUACCUUAAUGCAGUGAUUAAAGAGGCGAUCAGACUCCACCCGUCUGUUGGGAUGAUGCUGGCCCGGCGCGUUCCAGUUGGAGGCGUGGAUCUGUGUGGCUAUCACAUCCCUGCAGGUGUGGAAGUAGGAAUCAAUCCGUGGGUCCUGCAUCGAGACCCGGUUGUCUAUAUAAACCCGGAUAAGUUUUUUCCGGAGCGUUGGCUCGCAUCUGAAACUGCCGAGGCUCAGCUAAAGGUAAUGAACCGUUGCUUCUUUGCUUUUGGUCAUGGUGCCCAUACGUGUAGCGGUCGAUGGAUUAGCAUGAUGGAAACUGUAAAGCUCAUUCCUACUCUGUUGCUGAAUUUUGAUCUGCUGUUAGCAACAGACGGACCUGCAUAUUCAUUCAAGAAUCGUUGGUUCACGAUGCAAAGCGGGAUAAAUGUGCAAAUCAAGAGGAGGUUAUAA